CACACGCUUUCGUCAACUUUACUUGUUUGCAAUUCUCUCUAAACCUCUGCAAUAUACGAUUUGCGAGUCUCUCCCUCUUCAACUCCACAGAGAGACAAAGAGUGGACUCCAAAAGAACCCACCCAAGUCUCUCUAACCCUUCAUUCCAAACCCAACCAACAACCCACAAUCUUUAAAUCUUCCAAUCUUGGGUUUGUGAGUGACAAGUGAUCAGUGAGCAGAGAGCAGAACAAAGGCAGUUUGUGUUGGGUUUUGUUUGGGAAAUGAGGGAUGUUUUCGUGGCUGGCAAGGAUUGCGGGGACGUGUUGGAAGCCGGUGAGGAGAUAUGCCCGAAUGAACGAGGACGAUGAUCUUGAUGAGUCCACCCUUGGAGACCCUCUGCUUUGGUGCAGAGGAGGAGGAGCCCUUGACAAGCACGCUUUUGGUGAAUUCUCAUUCGCUGUGGUUCAGGCCAAUGCGGUUCUUGAGGAUCAGAGUCAGGUUGAGAUUGGCAGGGAGGCUACUUUUGUUGGUGUCUAUGAUGGCCAUGGUGGACCUGAUGCCUCCAAAUACAUCUCUGACCAUCUCCUUGUCAAUCUCAUGAGACAUGCUCGAGAAAAAGGAACCAUAUCUGAAGACAUUCUUAGAAGUGCCUUUUCUGCUACCGAGGAUGGGUUCCUUACUCUUGUGCGUAGGACUUGUGGAAUAAAACCAGUGAUUGCAGCGGAGGGUUCUUGUUGUCUGGUUGGAGUUAUCUGGAGAGGGACUUUGUAUGUUGCUAAUGUAGGUGAUUCGAGAGCCGUAAUUGGUUUUGUAGGUAGAUCAAAUAAGAUAGUUGCCGAACAGCUGAAUAAGGAACAUAAUGCUAGUAUGGCGGAGGUCAGACAAGAGCUCAAGUCAUUGCAUCCAAAUGAUUCACACAUUGUAGUAUUGGUGAAGGGAGUUUGGCGUAUCAAAGGCAUCAUACAGGUGUCCAGAUCUAUUGGCGACGCAUACUUGAAGAGACCAGAAUUUUCUCUUGAUCCUUCAUUUCUGAGAUUCCAACUUCCUGAACCCCUCAGGCGGCCUGUCCUGUCAGCAGAACCAUCUGUAUAUACUAGAGUUCUACAACCUGAAGAUAGAUUUAUUAUUUUUGCGUCAGACGGUCUUUGGGAUCUCAUGACUAACAAGGAAGCUGUGGAAGUUGUGCAUAACAAUCCUCGAGAAGGAAUUGCAAAGAGACUCCUGAAAGUAUGUCUGAGUAAGGCAGCUAGAAGAAGUAGCAUGACGUAUGAUGAGCUUAAGAAGGUUGAAAAGGGUGAAAGAAGGAAGAUUCAUGACGAUAUUACGAUUGUUGUCAUUUUUAUAGAUCAUGAUUUACUGGGGAAAACUCAACCUGUACCUGAGCUAUCAGUAAGAGGGUUCAAUGACACCGUUGCACCAUCAAGUUUUAGCAUCUUCAAGGAUUGAUACAAAUGUGAAGUCUCUGGCUCUUAGAGUAAACAGCACCCAGUAACUUGAUUGCCUUUGUCUUGUUUUAGAAGACCAGGUUCAUCAAGGCUGAUCGAGAUGUUUUGCUUUUCUUCAAUAUUUCUCUUAACAUUGGAUUGUUUCAUCCAGCUGUUGUUCUCAACACAUUUUGAAAACUUCUUUAUAUAAACUGAUUUCUUUACAUAUAAUCAUGCACCCUAGGCAAAGCUUCGGGCAAGCUUCCAAUUUUUUUGGAGUCUGUAUACACCCAAAAGUUGUGCAGUCUAUUUGGUUUCACAUAAUGUGUUUUUAUCAAGCAUUUCAAGCGCCAUUUUGUGUUGAAGAAUUUGGAGCUAGAGAUGUAAUCUUAUUGGGCAUCUUUAGCAUAUGACCAAGUGAA